CUAACCAUCUGCUUGCAUGGCAUGGGUUAACCGAGCCUGUGGGAUUGUGCUUACCUAAACAAAACCACUGCAGUGAGGGGAAAAACAAUGAAUGGGUGGAGAUGAUCAGCCCAUGCAUUCCAGCGAGUGCAGUCCAGGCAGCAAUGACAGCCUGAAGGUUGCAGCAGCAGCGGGAUCUGCAUUCCAAGUGCUCACAUCUCACCGUCUGGAGCGAUUUGACGUGGAGCUGCUCUUUAUUUGCUGAGCCAUGGCCAGUAACCAGGCCAGCCUGCAGGACGAUCAGAGCAGGCACUGCAAGUUCUUGUCCUACAUGUUCUACCAGGCUGUGAGAGAUCACAAGCCCGUGUGGAUGCUGGAAGACAUGAGAACUAUGGAGUAUUUUUACUGGGAGGAAAAUGCCAGCCUAAGAACAUACUCACCUUCAGAAGCCCUUCUCUAUGCAGUGGUGCAUAAUCACCUGCCUUAUGCUCAGUAUCUGCUGUCUCAUUUUCCAGAGGAGGCUCUCAAGGUGCCUGGGGAACACUUCUGCUACUGCCCAUCCUCUGCCCCUCACUUGGCCAUGGCGGUCACAUAUGACAGGAGAGAUAUCUUGGGGCUGAUCAUCAAAAUUGCACACAAGCUCCCCAGCUUGAACUCCUACAUCAACAGGACCGGCUGCUUUCAUCUGGAAGAUGGGAAAACCCCCCUGCAUCUUGCCUGUGAACUGCUGAGGUCAGAGACUGUCCUCAUCCUCCUGGGGAACGGAGCUUCUCCCAGGAUAGAGGACAGCAAAGGGCUUACCCCACUGGACGUCAUCCUGGAGCAGAUGUGGGACUCCAAAGUCAAUGUGGCAUCGAAGAAGCUCUGCCUUGACUACCUCUUGCUAUUCAUGCCCAACCCACAGUUUAAGAUGCGGAAAGUUCUGCAGGAUCAUCCAGACCACUGGACAGCUUUGCUGGGAGAAGACAAAUUCAACAGCCUGGUGGGGAACACACCUGCUUCUUUAUAUCUGCAAGCUAUGCAAACUAUUCUCCAGACUCUGCCCCCCUCCCAUUUUCCUAAAAGCAUCCAGGAACUACCUAUACCUCAGGCACUAAAGCCCUUACCAUCCUAUGGCAAAAAGCUACCGACAAAAAAUGUGGUAAAUGUUUUUCCUUGACUUUAUUCGCUGGGUCUUGGAUUUUCAAAGGCAACCUAGGGGAGCUGGUCAUCUACCACCCUCUGCAUUUCAGUGUGAUUUUAGUACUUAUCCUGUUAGGUUAUGCUGGAAAAUCCAAUAUUUUGUGACAAGAUUUUAAAUGUUUUUCUAAUUGAUUGCAGGCACGGCACUUUUAAAGGAAAAACCUUUCUUGUUUUUUGUUUUGUUGUGCAUGUGAAGGGUUAACAGUAGUUGAGACUGUGUUAUGUUUGUUUUUUUAGCUGUCAACUGAUAUCAGUGUAUCUGAAUUCCCAAUAUGAUAACUGUAUCCUGUGUAAAGUACCUGGGUAAAAGGAACCACUUGCCCAGUGGGAUUUUCGAAAGAUGUAACUAUGGGACUGUGUUCUGCUAGAGCUAGGAUAAAUACCAUACUGUACCAACAGGGUUGAAAUGUCAGGUUUCCUUUCUAACAAUGAUCCAGUAUCAUUAAGUAAUAACCCAAAAGUCCAUGGCUGCUGCUGCAGAGACGUAGAGCCAGUUCUGCAGAGUACGUGAUUUUAAUGAGUUACUUUACAGUGAGUCACGGUGUAGAGUGUGUAAGUGCAGAGAGGGACAGGGAGCGUACAUUCGUGUAGGGGAGUAACGACAGGCAAAAGAGCUACCAAAAGCUCCCCACUGUCUCAGCUGGGAGUGAGGGGGUUAAAGGCGAUCCUGGCCCUGAUGCCUCCACAGAAUUGUGCAGUGGGGAGGGAACCAUCUUCCCUGCUGUCCAGUAAAAAGAUGCAAAUCGGAGCAGGGCCAAUGGAAGCCCUGUCUUUCAUAAGUGACAUUAUUUACCCUUGACUUGUGUUUUAGGGGUGAAUAUAUCUCCAAAAGAGACAUCGCUCACUAACUUGAUUUACCAGUGGGUCUCAGAGCUGCCUGGACUUGCUGGUUAUCCUAAGCUGGGGUAUGACGUUCUGCUGUUAGAAGUUGUCGUUUGUUGUUGAUUUGAGUAUUUUUGCCUCCUGGGUCCAGACAGAGGGUCUGAUCCCAGAAAAUACAAAUAAUUCCCGUCGCCUGCCCCAUGUGUGUUUGCAGCUUUCCAGGACUGAGCUCUCCUAACCGGGCUGGGGCUGCCCAGGCAGGGCCCUGCCUGAGCAAGGCACUGGUCCUGCUCUCCUGGCCGUGCUCUGCACUGGUGGAGCAGCAGCAGGAUCAUUCCCUCCUGACUCCCUUUGGGGGACAUGCUUUAUUUGGGACCCAGAUGUAAGCAUAACCCUCUGCUCCACUGAGGUAGGGUAACCCAUUUCCGCAUAUCCAGACUGAACAGCAGUAAAAAGAUCACUCAUCUCUUUAAAUAAAUUUGGAGCAAAAGGCCAAGGGGCAGCAGUCCCUUUUUGCGAGGCUCUAGGUAAGAGAGGAUGUGCACCAGAGCUGUGUGUGCACAUCACGCUGAACGGGGGAGUCGCUCCACGGGAAAAUGGCUUGUGUCUCAUCUGGCUGAUUCUCUGCUUGUGUCCAGGCAGCUGUACCAGAGCUGUAUGCUUUUACAUUGGCCCCGGCAGCACUUCUCUGCCUCUCUGCGCACCAGGUACCUGCGGUACAAAGCUGGCUGCGGCCAGGUGGAGCUUUCCUGCAGGGCUGUGCAACACGCGGGCAUGGCCAGGUGCCUCGUCCUCACACAGACAGCGGUCAGCCAAGCGGGACGGUCCUCCCGGACACCCCUUCCCACAGGCCGUGGGAGCGCCUCAGUGCCAGCACUGCCAGUGCUACUCUGUGUGGAGAUGCAGACUCACUCCCAUCACCCUGGGAGAUGGAGAAAAUGACAGCCCAGCCCUGAGAGUGGCAAGCAGGCCAUGAAAGGGUUAAUCUUUAAAUCACACCUCCCUGGUGCUGCAUUGCCCUUCCACCCUGACCUCUGGGGACUUGCAUUUCUUUCCCCAUCCCUGUCUAUGCCAUCUCCUGUGCCAGGGGAGGGUGUGAGUGGUGGGGGAGAAACACAGGGUAGACCUCAGGUGAGGAUUUUGUAGAGGGGCUGUCUGCACGGCAGCCUCUGCAGCACGCACCGGCAGUCGGAGGCUGUCACAGCUUUGGGAAGCAAGACAGAGCCCAAGGCAGAUUUACAUAAUAAGCAGCAGCUGAGCUGCUUCUGUCGCACUGAGCCGUGCAGGCUCUGUUCAGGCUCCCCAGCCAUCGCCGCUCCUCACCCCGCAGCAGUCUGGAGAUGGAGGCAGGGGAUGAAGCCAGCGCUUGCUGCCCACGGCUGAGGAGAGGCUGGACAGCAGAGCAGCUACGCUGCCCCCAUGGCGCCUGGAGAAGAGGGUAUUGGGCUUGUCCUCAACAGCAAUGCGGUAUCUCAUGGGGAUGGCGCUGGGUGAGAGGCGGAGGAGGCUGGCGAGGGAUAUUAUUAGCAUGGUAAUUAGGCCCCAGAGCAGAUAUUCCAAGGAAGGAGGGCAGGGAAUUCGUCAGCCAUCACUGUGCUGGCUUGCUACCAUGAAGGUUUCCAUGCUAUAAUGAGCUGCAGAAAUGACAGGAGGGAGGGGAAGGCUGCUCGGAUUACAAAGCGGUGGAGGCAGGUAGGGACUCCCCGCUUACUGAGGUGGCACUUUACAGUAAGCCAGGGGGAUGUUCCCAGAGGGCUGGAGCAACCCACUGGGAGCAAGUGUGUCUAAUAUGGUGCAAGGAUCACUUUUUGACUAUGAAAGCCAGCGAUCAUUGCAAGGGUCGGUGUUUAGACUCUUGGGCUAUUCAGGUGGCUUUGUAGCUGGCAGCAGGAUGCAUCAUGUGCUUGCAUUCAUCCAUGCGUGAGGUUACUCUAUCUACUGGCCAGCACAGAGGAUAAGACAUCCACUCUCAGCAAGUGCUCAAAAAGCUCAUGCUCUGGGUUGUAUCUGUGUCUGCAAUUACUGCCCAGAAGAAAGCUGCUGGCUGGUUGUUGGCCAACAUGCAAAACCGAUGGUGUUCUCCACCCAGUUUGCAACAGGCAACAAGCCACACUAGAAAAAAGCAGUCCAGAUGCCUAUCAUUUCUCCUUUUACUGUCCAUUUUAACAGGUGACCGAGCACUGGAUGGGCCUUGGCCACAGAGCUACCAUCUGACCUCGACAUUCAGUCCUGCUGGGCCAGAGUUUAGGGGCAUUAGCAUUGUGGUGCUUCUGUUACAGAACGUCUCUUCCCAUCAUCUGUGGUGACACCAGUGCGGGGUGAGGUUUCCUCCUGCCGGAGCAGAGGGAAUCUGUCACCUGAACCGGGUUUACUCCCCUUGCAAUGACCUGCUGUUAGUUGGGGAUCCCAUUUGUCUUCCUGCCCACUACAGUGAAGUUACAUCAGAUGCAGCCAAAUCUACCUCAGCCCCAUCUUGGUUGAUUUUUUUCAUUCUUUUCAAGCCAGGUCAUUAGCAAAAAUAAAUUCUAAAUGUUUUCCACAGUUCCUGCAAUCUGACAGACCACAGUCUUGAAAAAUCCCUACAUUUGCAUGACAAAUAUGUUUGUGACUUUGUUCAUUAAAAAGGGUGCUAGGUGCCGUGUAGUGAUGUUUACAUUUGGCAUAUAAACAUACUGGUUAAGUGUAGUUAAGAUCUUUAUUUCUGAACUUGGGAAAAAGAAUAAAAGUCAGAGAGAAAAGGAAGGGAGUAGUUUGUGUUAAUCUUUGGAUUACGGGUUAGCUCUGCAGGUUACACUUUGUAUUUCAGUUUUGAAGAGUAGCACUGUAAAGAUCUGACUUGUGUGUGCAGGCGUGUGUGUGUGUGUGUGUGUGUGUGUUCAGUUUUGAUGAGUAACAUUUCCGUGAGCACUGUGAGCGACUUUGUGCGUGUGUGUGUACGUGUGGGUGCACGUGUGCACAUAUACGUCUGUGUCUGUCUGUCUGCCCGCCCUCUCCUGGCAAAACUCAUAACUGAUUUACAAUACUCGUACGCUACAGUGAUCAAUGCCUUAAGAAAGCAGCCUUUCAGUGAAAUAAGUCUGUGUCCCAAGCAUCAUGCUACUAACAGGUAAGGACGUAUCUUCUGUUGUAAAAAGGCAGCAGCUUUGCUCUUGAAAUGGGUGUUUUAUCCCUGAACACCAAGCACAAGGGCUUCUGCAUGCCAACAGCCACAAUCAGCCAGCCAAGAAUUUGUGAUAGUGGCCACAUUUUAUUCUUGAUUUUUUUUUAAAUAAGAUCUAUUAAACAUACAUCCUCAUCUUUCUUUUCUCCUAGUACUUAAAUGUGAAAGCAGACUUCUGCUUCUGGGCUGCCAGCAAAAUUCAGCCACCUGUGACUUCCUAACCCUAUGCUUCUAUUUCUGCAGCACCAUUAGCAAGAAGGACAGACCAGAUUCAGAUCUCAGUUACAUCUCUUUACACCUGAAGUAACGCUUUUUAAGUUAAUUGCACCACUCCAGGUAUUUGCUGUACAAGAGAAAAACAGAAACUGGCUCUAUUUGUGCACUAUUUUCUUCAAGACUCCAUAACUCUGAUUUCAGCAUAUAAAUAAACGUGAUGCUUAAUCCCUGAACACUUUUUUACAUUUUUGGUAUUUUGAAUGUAUACAGAUAUAUAUUUUCCAUCUCUCUAACACUGAUGGGCAUUUCCCUAUUCC